AUGAAGCUUCUCGCCACAUUGCCUCUUCUCUCCUUGGUCCUCGCCUUACCAGGCCCAAGCUUGCCCCUCAGCGGAUUUUUAUCGAUUAAAAAGUCAGGAGAUCCGGCACAGGUUGGUACUGGGUAUAUUUCAAUUAAUGAUGAUAAAGUCGUCAAGAGCGACACAUCUUACAAGUUUGAUUCAGAGAAAGGACUCGUAUUUUUGUAUCGUCUUGGAAGAGGUCCUAAUAAACUCUUCAUGGGGCUCGACGAACAGAAGAAGCUCGCUUUGACUGAGCAGGAACCUGUUGUCCAUAUCAUCACCAAAGAUGCACACGAGCAUGUUUUGAGUGUGGGCGGCAACUUCAAGUUCGAGCUCUGCGACGACGGCCUGAUCGGCCAAAAUAGUGGUUGCACCUUUCGUGAGGACAUCGAGAUUAAAUGGACCCCUUAUUUGAGUCGCUAA